ACAAAGGAGUUAUUGCGUCACAUUGCGUCAUCAGUAGUGGACAACUGUCACGCGGACCCUGGUAGAAAUCAUGGCUACAGGUGAUGCGUUUAAAGUGUCAUCUCUGAAGGGGAAAGUGGCCCUGAUAACUGGUGCCAGCUCGGGAAUCGGAGCCGGUACGAGCGUCCUGUUCGCUAAACUCGGAGCUCUGCUGGCUCUGAACGGACGCGACGUGGAAAACCUCAACAAAGUAGCCAAAGAAUGCACAGACUGUGGAGCCGACGAGCCUCUACUCGUUCCUGGAGACCUGACUGAUGAGGAGAUUGUGAAAAGCACGGUUGAGAAAACUAUCGCUCACUUCGGCCGGCUGGAUGUCCUGGUCAACAGUGCUGGCAUACUGGCAAUGGGCAGCAUCGAGACAACAGACCUGGCUCAGUAUGACAAGGUCAUGAACGUUAAUGUGAGAUCUAUAUACCACCUGACCCAACUUUGUGUACCGCACCUGAUCAAGACCAAAGGCUCCAUCGUCAAUGUAUCCAGUGUGAACGGACAGAGAUCAUUCCCUGGUGUGUUGGCCUAUUGCAUGUCCAAGGCUGCUAUUGAUCAGUUUACACGUUGCAUAGCACUUGAGCUGGCAUCAAAGCAGGUUAGAGUGAACUCUGUCUGUCCUGGUGUGAUCAUCACCGAUGUCCACAAGAGAGCGGGACUAAAUGAGGAACAGUAUACCCAGUUCCUUGAUAAGUGUAAGCAGACCCAUGCCCUCGGUCGACCAGGCGAGGUGGAAGAAGUGGCCCACAGCAUUGCUUUCCUGGCGUCUGAUGCUGCCAGCUUCAUUACUGGAGUCAACCUGCCAAUUGAUGGCGGCCGUCAUGCCAUGUGCCCGAGAUAAGACCGUGUAUGUACAGCACCCUGUACAUACAUGGUGUUAUCUGGUCUUAUCAACACCCAUACAGCACUCUGCUAAUACAACACUUUUAAACCUCGA